UGCGUGCGCGUUUGUGUGCGUGUCAUUGUGCGAGAGCGUGUGACGUAGCGCCAGUAGCGACAUAGCAGCAGCAGCAGCGAGCGGUUCGCGACGGUCGGAGUGUGAAGCCUUCUCAUCUUGUGUGCACAAAACAGGCGCGACAAUCGUAGUAGACAGAGCCGCGGAAAACAGUCAACAGUGGCCUGAACGUAGAAUCUUCCUGAAACCAAAGCAACUUCGGAGGCAUAGUGCGAGCGAGUGGAGCCAGCAAGAAGGAAAAAAAGGGAAAACAAACAAACAUGUCCGACAGCAAGGGUUACGCCGUGAACGAUCUCGUUUGGGCCAAAAUGAAGGGCUUCUCACCGUGGCCCGGCCGGAUCGCCGUUCCACCAGCGGAGUUGCGACGCAUCGCGGUAAAAAAGAGCAAUCCCGUGCAAUGUAUCUUUUUCUUCGGUUCCAACAACUAUGCGUGGAUCGAGGAAACGCAGAUCAAACCGUACGUUGAGUUCAAGGACAAACUGCUCAGCUUGUGCAAAACGGCCCAGUUCAAGGAUGCCGUGAGGCAGAUUGAAGAUUUUAUGGUUAAUCCGGAGAAAUACCAAUCACUGUUUACGGGUGAAAAUGAAGCGGCCAACCGACCCGAUCCGGACGCGGAGUUUAACAAGCUCCGCGAAGGCGGUUCGGUCAGCGGCACGGAAGAAAGUGGUGAAGCCGAAAAUUCACCGUCGGUAAACAAUACCACGACACCGGCGGCCCUAGAGUCGGUCGAGGAGCUCGGCAGCACGCCGCUGUCCGUUAAGAAGUCGGCCGCGAAGAAGAAAGUACGUGCCUCGUUGCCUAUCAAGCUGAAUGUCGACAAAGUUGUGACGUCUCCAGCGAAGAUGCGGGCGCCCGGCGGCAAAGCUAAGGCAACCACUACCCUGCUGGUGGAUGAUGAAACGAGUCCGUCGGCCACGCCGAAGCGCAAGAAAAAGCUAGGAAACGACAGUACGGCCGACUUAGCCUCGCUCGUUAUCGAUAGUUACUCGAGCUCCAUUCGGCGCAAUGCUCCGAUUGCGCACCUUCUCAACCGCCCGACCGUGGCCCGGCCGGCCACGCCCGAGAUCGACAUGUCGAGUGUUUCGGACGCGGUCCAGUCGCGCAACAUCAAGGCGUCGGACCUAAAGUUUGGCUUCCUCGGGCUCGGCAUUAUGGGCUGCGGGAUCGUGAAGAAUCUGAUCAAAUCGGGCCACUCGGUCGUGGUGUGGAACCGGACCGCCAGCAAGUGCCGCAAGUUCGCCGAUGUUGGUGCCGUGAUCGCGGACACCCCAUCCGAUGUCGUCGAAAUGACGGACGUUACGUACUCGUGCGUAUCGGACCCGCAGGUUGCAAAGGAUCUUGUCUUUGGCAACUGUGGCGUCAUGUCGGCGACACUGUCCGGCAAAGGGUACGUCGAAAUGACGGGUGUCGAUCCCGAAACGUCGCAAGACAUUGCCGAGGCCAUCAUCUCCAAGGGGGGUCGCUAUUUGGAGGCUCAACUUCAAGGCUCGAAAAACCAGGCUGAGGAGGGCACCCUCAUCAUACUGGCCAGUGGCGAUCGGCUGCUGUUCGAAGACUGUCAAAGCUGCUUCGAGGCGAUUUCGCGCAACUCGUUCUUCCUCGGGGACGUGGGCAACGCGACAAAGAUGAAUCUGGUACUGCAGAUGAUUUCCGGCAUUUCGUUAACGGCGAUCGCCGAAGGACUAGCACUCGCCGAUCGAGCGGGACUGCAACAAAAGGACGUGCUGGAAGUGAUGGAACUGACGACCAUGUCGUCGGAGAUGUUCCAGGAAAAGGGAAAUGCAAUCAUUAAGGGAGAGUUUCCGACGCACCAAGCACUGAAGCACAUGCAGAAGGACCUGAAGCUGGCCCUCAGUCUGGCGGACGGUCUGGAACAGUCUCUGCCUAUUGCGGCUGCCUCGAACGAGGUCUUCAAGCAUGCCAAGCGCCUUGGGUACGGCUCGCACGAUGCCAGCGCUGUUUACGUUCGGGCGCGGUUUUAACAGCGACCACAGACCACAGCCAACGGUGGCGAAGAAGACGACGACAAAUAGAUCCCGACAAAGAUGCUCGUAGCGGGCAUCGCGAGCGUCAGAAGCAGCAGAAAAACAGAGAGCAGAGGGAAAGAUAAGGGUUUGUUAGGAAUGAGUUUAUAUUUUAAUUUUUUUUACAUUACCUUUGGAAGUGUUUUCGCGCGAAACCAAAUAUUGCAAAAAAAGAACGAAGGGCCUACCCCCGCGUGGGGGUAGAAAGAUAGAUUUGAAGACGAAGGUGGGUUCGUUUGUGUAAAAUGUGUCCCCAUGAAGUACUUUACGGUGCACUGUGCUUUACCUACAUACUAUCGUUUCUUCGAUACCCGAUUUCACUGAUUCGGCUCUGUCAAUCGUUAUUCCUUCGAUCAAACGACGGAUUCAAUCGAAUGACGAAUCCGAGACGCUGGCAAAGAUGCGCCGAAAGGGAGAGAGAUAGACAUAGAGAGCUUAUAUUUUCCUAAUACAAAAGAAAACCGUCAUCAUCAUCAUGGUUGAAAGGCGCGCUUGGGCCGGUAGCUGCCCUGUGGCUACCGGUAGCGUCCGUCGGAAUAUCUACGCACGCAUAAAUGCAUACAUAGUGUUACAUAUUUUCUUUUACUUUUGAUAAACUGUCACGAUUUAAAAAUAUUUUUCCUUCUGACCCCACAAA